AUGCCGGACGAACCACACUGGUCAUCUAUUCGACAUGGAAGAGCCUCAAAUGAACAGCCGCCUGACUCUGCGCCUUCGCGAAACCUUCCUCGUGCUACCAAUGAGUUCAAUCGGAGACUCACACUAGGGGAUAUAGGCGAGUGGUUGAAAGAGAGGCAGGAACCUGCUCCGAGUGUGACACUGGGGGACGUAGGGGCUUGGUUCAAGAGGAAACUUCCAAGUCAUCGUCCAGAAAAGGGGGGAACGCUAAGAAACAAGAACAACUGGGUCAAUCAAGAAUCGAAUGGCAUCGAUAUCUCACAGUCCGCAUCCAAAGAUACCAAUCAUCCACCUACAAGCUCACUCCCUCCAGAACAACGGCUCUCAGCCACCAAUCAUCGCACUGGACAACGAAGUAGAACAGGCGGUUCAGAUCGUCUGAUGGAUUGGAACACGCCCAAGAAUCUAAGUGAAGCAUUGCCAGAGUCCAAACCAUCCGAAGGAAAGGCGACCGCGGCUCAGAAGCCAUCUACCCGUCGGAAAUGGCUGAACCGAAGCAGCAAGCGCAAUCAACAGACUAGGGGUGACAGUAUAAAAUCCAAGGAAGACAAACGGGAACAGGCGCGGGGAAACACUACAGAACCACAGCCGUUCGUCCCAGCUACUCAAAUGAUGCCUGAUAUACUCGAAGUUCUUGAUGCUGCGAGGAAAGCGAGGACAAAGGCACGGGAUGAACGAGAAAGCCUGAAAGAAAGUGGAGAUUAUCUUGGAGUUCAAGGCAUCAACCCACAAACUGGUGUUUUGGAUCUUACAUCAGACAGUGGAGAGAGUGGUUUGAGUUUAAGAACAGAGCAAAAGCUUGCAAAACUCGAGGACCAGGCCAAAAAUGCGACUUCAGCUGUGAAAAGAAAAGAAGCCGAAACCGAGAUUGUCAAGAUUCACCUCGAUCGUGACGUUGACAAGCUACGGCGUCGAGAGGAAACCGAGAAACGACUCAAAUGGCGAAGGGGAACCCAUCAGUGGUCAUCAGUGCAGGAGCCUGAUUUGAGUCCUAUCGCCCAGUCAUACAGAAGCACCUCAGACCUGUCAAAGCGCAAGUUGCGUCGUGAUCACGACGUGACGAAGCAACAAGAUCUUAUAGAUUUGGACGUUGUUGAUAAGAAGCGAAGCGAAGGGCAGCCAUUCGGUAUAGCAGUCAUGACCAAUUCUCAUACCAGAGAAAGUGCGCAUUCAUCCGACACGGUAGUCAAGACUCCUCAUCGACGCGGGUCUGCGGAUAUCUAUUCUGCAGCCUUUGAGCCUUUUGAAAGCGACAAAAGUUCUCAUAGCAUGGACAAGCUUGGGCUGGAUAGAGACCUGUUCGCAGAGCAUGAUGUUAGGCCCUCGACAAUUCAUGCGCAGGCACCAAGUGAUUUGUUGUCGGAGAUCACUGAGCCAAAGAACGGAAGUAGAGCCAGGGGGGACAGAAAUACUCUGGGCACGAACCAACAAUCAGAUAUCACCAGAUCUCUUGACGACAAGCCCUUCAGUAGUCAACCACGACAACGGCCUAACCUUGACGAAGAGCGAAUGCGAGACGCCAAGUCGCCGGGAGGACAUUCUGCGAAAACACUUCAUGCAAGAUUCGACGACAAGCCACCAGAGAUUCACUAUCCACCCGACAGUGCUGAAACCAACCGUACUAGAAUCCCUCGAAAACAAGUGCCGACAUACACCAAUCCUGAUAAGUCGCGAAUAGAACCCGCACCUAAUGGAAAGCCCAGAAGUAGAACGGAAUUGGGAACAUUUGAAGAUGGUCAGCUCAGAGCCGCCGCCAAUGAUCCAUCUUCUCCAGAGGCCUCAAGCGUUAAGAGUUGGGACGAUAGCCGACCCACUACUCCAGAAAGAGGCAGAGCGGUCAGUGAUUCGAGAUCGCCUCACCGCUCUGCCAGCGUGCACAGCAGAGGCGACAGCGUGGCUUGGGCUGCGAAAUCUACCCAAGACAGCCAAAGAAAUACAAGACUGCGAGGAAAUAAUCAGAAAGAAUCUUCCUCAACUCAAAAUGUUGUACCAAACGAUACUCGAGAUCAAAGAUCACGGCAACCACCAGAUCUGCGCACAGAGCACGGAUCAAGACACCGUGAACAGAUACGAGAUCAAGGAGGCGUAUGCAUCCAUAAACACCACCACUACUGGGUGCGUCCAGACAGCUUCGAUAUUCCCCUCGAAAGGGCCCCGAAGUCAAGAGAGUGUCCAUCACAAGCGCAGACUCAACCGGGUUAUCCGGAACCUACGAUACUUCGGGACGACACCAAGCAAUUCGGACAUCUCCCAGACAAAUCGUGGGCUGAAUCCAUUGCCGAAAUCGAGGUCUCUGGAAGAGAUACCAGUGACCGAUACUAUGUUCGAGAGCCCUCAGGCGUCUUCGAAUCAAGGACCACAGGUGCAAAUGUGCAACAACAUGGGACCACAAGCAAGAAUGUCAGCAACGCAGCACCGAUGCAGCAGUUUGUCAGCAUUCACCUGCACGGCAGACCGCAAGGAUGUCUGAGCGAAACCGUAACGAAUCCGGGAGCGCAAACGUCCGGCGGACUUCAGGAACAUCAGGACGCCGAAGAAGACACCGCAGAUCUUUCCAGUGACAUAUCUCAUAUGAAUGAGAGGGGAGGGUUGUGGAAUGCCAUCAAGGAGUUCGUGUUGUCAGGUCUUCGUAUUGGAGAUGCUCCAGCCAGGAAGACUGCGGCUGGAUGA